AAGAUCUGCAGAACCAUCACUAAAGAUAUAAACUAAACCGAAGCUAUGUCUUCUACGUUCAAAAGAGAUGUGACUAUAAAUUUGGGCGCCUUCAGUGACUCGAUUAGUGAUGUUACAAGGAAGCGGCAGUCUAUACUUAGGUCUUGGCGUCGUUUAUCCAGUUUGCAACGCUUGAUUAUUGGCAUUGUGCUUCUGUCAACAGUGGUGAUAGCUUUAUUUGUAUUGCCAAGUUUAAUGUCCAAUGAAAACAGGCCAGAAUUUGAUAAAGUACAGCCCAAGAAAGAAUCGGAAUCCUUUGAAGAACUACAUCAAAUAGCAGAUGUACAGAAAUUGGACAAAAAUCUGGAAGAUCUUAAGAAAAAGGCACUUCAAGACCAGCUAAUUGAGAAUGAAAGAAAAUUCCCUUUCAUAAAUAAUCCGGACCCAGUUAAACAACAUAUUAUCUCAACAUACGACUUUUUUGGAGGACAGCAACAGACCCCCAGGCAGAAACAGGUUGUUGAAGCAUUUAAGCAUGCAUGGAGUGCUUAUAAAAAGUAUGCCUGGGGUAAGGACGAGUUACAUCCCCUUAGUAAAACCUCUUCAGAGUGGUUUGGGACUGGUCUGACUCUUGUUGACUCCCUGGAUACCUUGAUCAUUAUGGGACUCAAAGAAGAGUAUGACGAGGCAAAGGCCUGGGUAGAAGAUCAGCUGACCUUCAAUGUUGAUAAAUAUGUCAAUUUGUUUGAGAUCACCAUCCGCAACCUGGGGGCGCUGCUUGCUGCUUAUCAUCUGACUGGGCAUGAAGUGAUGAAAAUUAAGGCAAUUGACUUAGGCGAAAGGCUUCUGAAUGCGUUUAACCACAAUUCAAAGAUUCCUUAUUCCGAUGUGAACCUCGCUAAUGGGAUAGCAAGGCCACCAAAAUGGGGCCCAGACAGCAGUACAUCAGAGGUGACAACCAUACAGCUAGAGUUCAGGGACUUGUCCUUGAUAACAGGAAAUCCAAGAUUUGCGGAUGCUGUGCAUGAGGUAUCCAUGCAUGUCCAUGAGCUUCCUAAAACAGAUGGCCUUGUCCCAAUCUUUAUUAACGCCAAUUCUGGAGAUUUCCGGCCGGCAGGGACCAUAACCCUGGGUGCUAGAGGUGACAGCUACUACGAGUAUCUUUUAAAACAAUGGCUUCAGAGUGGGAAGAAACUAAAAGUUUUCAAAGAGGACUUUGAUGAAAGCUAUCGUGGAGUUAAAAAAUCACUUAUGAGACGUUCAGAGCCAAGCAAGCUGUUGUUUAUAGGCGAGCUCUUAAGUGGCCGCAGUUUUAGUCCCAAAAUGGACCAUCUUGUGUGCUUUUACCCUGCCACCCUUGCCCUGGCCUACCAUCACGGAAUGGGCAAUGAGUACCUGGAAGACGCUAAAGAUUUGUUGAACACCUGCUAUGAGAUGUACAACAGGAUGCCGACAAAGCUCAGCCCUGAAAUAGUUUAUUUCAACUUGGCCCAGGGAGUAGAAGAGGAUCUUAUUGUAAAGCCCCUAGAUGCCCACAACCUACUGAGACCUGAAACUGUGGAGAGUAUGUUUUACCUGUACCGCCUGACAAGGAAUGAGACCUACAGGGACCAGGCAUGGCAGAUAUUCCUGGCCUUUGAGAAGCACACCAAGCUGCCGGAGUCAGGGUACUCGUCAAUCAACAAUGUCAAGGAUGCUGGGAACCCCAGGUUCCGGGAUAAAAUGGAGAGUUUUUUCUUGUCGGAAACACUCAAAUAUUUGUAUCUGAUAUUUAGUGAUGAUUUUAAUUUGAUCUCCCUUGAUGAUUUUGUUUUUAACAGUGAGGGUCAUCCGUUGCCUAUUUAUAAUGAUUCUGUCAAUGAGAAAUGAAAAUAUGGUCAAACUUUAUUAGGAUGAUAUACUAAUUAAAGCUAUCUUCAAGAAAUUAUCUUUAAUUUUUAAGUAUUUAUCCGUUUGCGGGUUGCACAUUAUUAAUUUAAAAUUUUAAUGUAAUACAUUUUUAUUUUAUAAAAAUUAAAUUCAUUGUAAUUUUUCUUUGAAAUCAUUUUCAUCUCACUAAGCUUGUUUGGAGUCAGGUUUCUAUUUGAUAAUUUUAACUGUAU